AUGAAAGAAUUGUGUCCACAACCACCGAUCCUCCGACGGAGGAAUAACCAUAUUCCAUAUGACAUCGCAUUGAACAUCCUAGCAAAGCUACCCGUAAAAUCAGUGAUAAGAUUCAGAUGCGUAUGCAAAUCUUGGGAUUCCUCAAUCACCACCCCCUAUUUCAUCUCAACCCACCUUAAUCACAACAACAACAAAGAUCGUGAUAAUGGUUAUAUUAUACACAAGCCGUCUUCACCUCCUACUCCUUCUAACAGCCCAGUCUGUACGGUUGCUUUUGACCACACAUUUGAUAGGAUUUAUGAGGUUAGAAUUCCCUUUGAUUUUUCUUCUGAUUGUGCCCAAAUAGUCGGUUCGUGCAAUGGAUUAUUGUGUCUCGCUGAUUUUAGAAGUCUCUCCACCGGCGAUAAUGAUAUAUAUUUGUGGAACCCCAGCAUUAGAAAAUUCAAGAAGUUGCCUGAUACUUGCUUAGGAAAGGUAAGCUUUGUUACACUUGGAUUUGCUUAUCAUUCCGAGAAUAAUGAUUACAAGGUUGUAAGGAUUUCAUGUCGCUCUUUGUCUACACCUAAGAUUGAGGUGUACACGUUAAGUUCAGAUUCAUGGAGAAGGGUUGAAAUUUCGUUGACAGCCAAUCUAAUAUUCCGUAAAAAUUUCUAUUCGCCAGUUCCUUUGAUUAGUGGAUCUUUGUACUGGUUUGCAUAUAUAAAAGAAGAGAAUUGUAGGAGGGUAAUUAUUAUGGCAUUUGAUGUCAAUAGUGAGAGGUUCAAGAAGCUAGCACUGCCCGAUGAUUGUUUCCAUGGAAGAUCCCUGCACAGAUGUCUUGCAUUAUUCAAAGGGAAACUAGCUUUCAUUAAGUGUGGACGCAAUGAACAACGUGACUUCCAAUUCUCAAUAUGGGUGAUGAGGGAGUAUGGUGUGGUUGAGUCUUGGGAUAAGCUUUUUGUUGUACCAUUUCAAAGAGUAGCAUACUGCAUUGCCUUUACCGAGUAUGGUUCACUUCUGGCUCGGUGCGUCACUAGAGUAAAGAAUCAGGGAUCGAAGUUUGUUUUAAUUGACACUGAAACUCUACAUGAGAAAGAUCCUGGCAUUCAAUGUACUUCAUUUGUAGCUAAUUUUAUUGAGAGCCUUGUUUUACUUGAUGGAGCAAAUGUGGAAGCUUACUAA